AUGGAGCAGAGGACAUUGCUUGCAUUGAUGGUCUUUUCCUCAUUCAUAGUAUUAGCAGAAACUAAUGAUCAGAAGCCUGCUGUUCAAAUAUACAGCCUCCACGUGGACUGCAAGGUCACAUCACGAUUUGCUCACACAGUCAUCACCAGCAGAAUUGUCAACCGAGCCAAUGAGUCCCGAGAGGCCACCUUUGAAGUGGAGUUACCCAAGACAGCCUUCAUCACCAACUUCUCCAUGUCCAUCGAUGGUGAAGUAUACCCAGGAAUAAUAAAGGAGAAAGCUGCUGCUCAAAACAAGUAUGACUCGGCAGUCUCACAAGGACAGAGCGCUGGCCUCGUUAAAAUUACAGACAGAAAGCUGGAGCAGUUCCACGUGUCCGUCAGCAUCGCGGCUGCCAGCAAAGUCACUUUUGAGCUGACCUACGAGGAGCUGCUGAAGCGGCAGCUGGGGAAGUAUGAGCUGCUCAUCAAGGUCCGGCCCAAGCAGCUCGUUAAGCACUUCCAGAUCGAUGUGCACAUCUUUGAGCCCCAGGGCAUUCACUUCUUGGAGACAGACAGCACAUUCAUGACAAACGAGUUAUCUGAGGCACUCACCAAAGAGCAGAAUGAAACCAAGGCUCAUAUUUUAUUUAAGCCAACUCUAGACCAACAGAAGAAAAAUUCUGAACUUGAUGAAACUCUUCUCAAUGGUGAUUUUGUUGUGCGUUAUGAUGUUAAGCGAGAAGCCACUGCAGGUGAUAUACAGAUUGUCAAUGGGUAUUUUGUCCAUUACUUUGCACCCCAAGAAAUGCCAGUGUUUCCCAAAAAUGUCAUCUUUGUUAUAGACCGAAGUGGCUCCAUGACAGGCAGAAAAAUUGAACAGACAAGGGAUGCCCUGUUGAAGAUUUUGCAGGACCUCCGCCAAGAAGAUCAUUUCAGCUUUAUCACCUUCAACCACAAAGUGGUGGAGUGGAAGAGCUCUUUGCUGCCAGCCACCGAGGACAACGUGGCCAGUGCUGCAGCCCUGGUGCAGACUCUCGCUGCCAGGGGAGGCACAGACAUCAGUGGUGCCCUGCUGGCUGCCGUGGGCAUGCUGGACAAACACGAGGGGCUGCCAGAGCACAGCGUCUCCAUGAUUAUUUUGCUGACAGAUGGCCAGCCCACUUCUGGUGAGAGAAAUGUGGAAGUAAUUCAAGAAAACGUUCAGAAAGCAAUCAAUGGGAAAUAUGCUCUUUUCUGCCUUGGCUUUGGGUUUGAUGUCAGUUAUAAAUUCCUGGAGAAAAUGGCCCUGAGCAAUGGGGGAAUAGCACGGCGUAUCUAUGAAAAUGCUGAUGCAGCCCUGCAGCUCCAGGGCUUUUAUCAAGAAGUGGCUACCCCAAUAUUAAUGCAAAUUGAAAUGCAGUAUCCAGAAAAUUCCAUUGAAGGAUUAACCAAGAACAAUUUCAAGCUGUUUUUUGAAGGAUCUGAAAUUAUAGUGUCUGGAAAAAUUAGCAAUGAGCUGGAUCUUUUGCCAGUGGAAAUUAAAGCUCAGUCACACACAAGUAACUUGACUCUCAAGGAAGAAGCAAAUGUCAAAGAGAAGGAGCAAGUAUUCCAAAAUCAAAGAUACAUCUUUGGGAAUUUCAUAGAGAGACUGUGGGCUUACUUGACCAUUCAGCAGCUUCUGGAAAAAGCUAUUUCAGCUCAAGAAGAGGACCAGAAGGCCCUGGAGGCCCAAGCCUUGGAUCUGUCCCUGCAGUACAGCUUUGUCACACCGCUCACUUCCAUGGUGGUCACCAAACCCCAGCAGCAGGAGGAGCUGGCAAACAAACCCACCGAGGCUGACAAUGAGAAGCCCAGCACUAUUCCAGCAGGAGCAACAAAACAUUGGGAAAACCCUUUUCUUUCAGAUAGACGGCGCUCUGAGCUCCAAACUGUCAGCAACAGGAAGAUGUUUUCAACAGUUUCCAGGUUCAGAGAUGCCAAAAGACCACAACCUAUUGCCAAUGAACAUGCAGAACUUCUAUUUCAAUUACCCAGACAAAAUGAAAGAAUCUGCUUAAAUAUUGAUCAGAGAGCACAAACCUCUGUCCACCUUCUGUCAGAUCCAGAGCAAGGACUCACUGUGACGGGGAAACUUGGAGAUGGAAAAAAUCACUUUGUGCAGUUUGAUAUUAACUAUGUGAAUCCCCCUGUGCAAAUCCAUGUCUACACUCAUGCAAUCCUUGUAAGCCACAAUAACAAGAACGAUUGGCUGUCAUGGACAACGUCAACCUCCUCCACCAUCCAGGGGCUGACAGUGUCAGUUGAAAAGGAAAAGAGUGUUACAGCAUCACUGCCUGAUACGGUCACAGUAAAAAUUUCCUUGGUCAGGUUUCCAGAAGAUUUCCUUGGGCUCUAUUUCUUGAACACCGACCGUUUUUCGGACAAAGUCACUGGAGUUCUGGGUCAAUUUUAUUCAAAAGCACAAUUUAGGAGUAACUCCAACAAUGAUCAGAGAGCUGUGGAAAGACUCCUGAGAGUGUCUGGAUCUGAGCACAAAGUUUCCAGGUUGUACAAGAAAGAUUACAGGCUUGAGUCAGCCAGUGAACCUGUUUCCUGCUGGUCAAUAGAGCUAACUCCCUAGGAAAAAAAAUCUUUGAAGGAAAUUAUGGAAAUGAAGCUCUUCCAAGUAUUUUUGGUACUUUCAUCAAGAAAACCACAGUUAAAGCCUUACUGUUGCUCUAUAUAUGUGUCACAGAUAUUUUAUCUUGAAAUAAUUAUACUUUUAAGAUAUAACGGUCCUUGCUUGUUUGCUAUUUGAAAAUGGUUUCUAAUCUGCCAUGUGGUUUUGUUGUUGAAGAUUUAUGUGAAUGAACUAAAUAAAAUUGACAUUAUCAGUUCA